GAAGUCGCCAGUGUCUCGGUAGACCUCCAUCUGAUACAGCGGGCUGAGCUUCUUCGGGGAUCGUCCGUCCGUUCGUCCGUCUGUCCGUUCGAGUUGUUCGCGUGUCACCUGGCAAAUCGUGCUGCCAGAUCUUAUUGUUUUCCCUUUUUUUUUUUUGCCUUCACCUUAGAGCGGGCAAUAACUCGCUCGAUACUCGUGGGAAUGGGAGCGUGCAAUUCGGAAUAAAUAGUAUCGAACACGUAGACGUUCUCUUGUGGCACGUUCGAGAUCAGUCUUGGCGCGUGCCGAUUUCAGUAAGACCGCGGAAAUUUCCGAGUUUUUAGUGCGACAAACUUAUAUCGGCUUCUUUAUUCACGCCGCGAGCAUUCACGCGCCAACUUUGAUACAUGUUCUGCGUAUCUGAUUGAUAUCACAUAAAUUGAAAUAAUAACUGCCUCAGAUUGCUCCUGGUAACAGUGUUCAAAUUAACAUCUUAUGUUCAUAGUGCGCUAGUGGACGUGCUGCAGGUGUGAAGCAGUCUCAUGUGUUAUACGGUGCGCUGAGCUAGGGAAGGCGGAAAAAAAGGAAGUGCGGGACCCUCGGUGGAAUUUCUUUAGCCAACUUUGCGAAACGGUCAAAAUGGGAACGUGCUGGUUCGCAGUGUGGGUGCUUUUCGUGUGUUUCAUCGGCGAUGCGCGGCCGCAAUACAGGGAUAAAAAUAUAAGCACGGCGGAGACAGACGCGGUACAAGCGCUUUUGGCCCGUUACCUUCAGCGUCGCCUUCAAGGCUCUCAGCUGUCGACGCCGCCGCCGCCGUCGGUCCUCUUCAGUAACAAUCAUCGGGCCCGCGUGCGACAGGCCACUCAGAGGGGUCCACCCAGCAACAAUCUUGUUUCGCGAAAUGUCAGCGACAAUGAUGGGGACCAACGUCUCGUCCCUGAGGAUUACGACGAUUAUGAGGAUGACCUCGAGGGCUACGAGGACAGCGAGAGGAGCAGAACCAGAUUCGAUCUGUUGGCGGGUAAAUCGCGACUCACCUUGAUAACUGCGACCGACGACUGUCCAAACUGCGUAGACGAACAUAGCAGCGGCUUGGCGGCUUCAAGAUGGACGAUGCCUUUACUGAAGCUGGGCGAGAAGAGAUACUACCUGGGGAUCUUCUUCAAGGCAAACUGGUACAGAGCCUCGCAAUACUGUCGUUAUCACGGGAUGCAUCUGGCAAGUAUAGCCUCGCAAGAGGAGAACGAUAGACUUGAGAAGCAUAUCAAGGACUUUGGUCUCGGUCACGAGCAUUUUUGGACCUCUGGCACCGACCAGGCCGAGGAGGGUACCUUUUUCUGGAUGGCUAAUGGUAGGCCGAUCACGUUCGAGAAUUGGAAUGUCGGCGAGCCAAAUAAUUUCCGAUACGAAAACGGCGAAGAGGAGCAUUGCCUGGAGCUGUGGAAUCGAGAUGGCAAAGGGCUUAAAUGGAACGACAGUCCCUGCAGCUUCGAGACUUUCUUCGUCUGUGAAGUGCAGUGAUCAAUUUGCGAGAAAGAGCGGAGGGAGGGACAAAACGCGCGAGAAUAUUCGUGCGCAAAUCAUGUACCGGUUUUCACCGUAUCCUCAAGGUGAUUCUCGAGGAAACUGCGUGUGACGUUCUCAUCGGCCGUCCGUUCGUUUCAGUGAACUUAGCAAGGUAGAGAGAGAUUUGACGUGACAUGUGCGCUCGGACUGAAAACGACAUGUGAUUAGCCAGUCGCUACCGUUGUCACGUUUCGCAUGUCCAAAAUUCACGAGUGUGUGCGCAAAACGACACCCAGUUCAGUCAGUUCUUUUCGUAAAAGAAUCACCACGCGACAAGUCGAGUGUUGGAUAAAUUCGCAGUGUCAAACAAUAAAAACAACCACUUUACGCAGAGGCAGCCUUUAGCAGAGUGCUAUUAGUUUGCAAUGUACAUUUAGAACAUUACGUAUUUAAAAAGUCUUGCUCUAAAUUUAAAAGCCAAUAAACAAUUAAUAUUUUUAUUUAAAAUAAAGGAGACACAAGCUAUAAAAAUUUUUUACAUGUUUAUAUUUUAAGUAAAUAUAUAGAUUUUUUAUACAUAUAAAUCUUUAGAUUUAUAUAACCAUCGGAAUUUUACUUAUUUUAUUUUUCUUAAAAUCUAAUUUUACCUCUGCUUAUUAAAAUUACAAAUCACUGCGUGAAAUCUUGCAAAUCGACGCGCGAAAUUUUUAUUUACACGUGAUUAAAAGAUCGAUUGGCUAAUGUUGUAUUUUGUAAUGUUACAUGUAUCGUUAUUUUUUUCUGAAUUACAAAUAAAAUAUUAUAAAAAAGCCAGCGUUAAUAUAUAUUGUUACAAAUUAUUUUUGUUUCAGUUAAUUCAUUAUCAGAUUACUAUUAAAUGAUACAUCUAUGCCAUAUGAUUGCCUAUCGAUUUUUUGAUUAUGACGAAUUUGAAAGUUUCUAACGCAUGGUGAUAAUAUAUCUUGAUUAAGUAAUUCUCUAAUGCAACUUAGAUUAAUAUACGUAUUAUAUAGAAAUUUAAACAUUCGUAAUUGUUUAGACAGAUUAAUCAAUAUAUGCAAGAAAUUAUUUUUAUCCCGUAUAUAUGUAUUCUUGCAGGGAUUUUUAUUAUGAAAUCAAAUGGACGAUUAUUUAACGGAACGAUUGAAUCGAUUUGUUUUACAUACGAUAAUUAAGUCAAAUAUUUUUUUCGACAUUUACUAAUUUCACGAGUGUGUGUUCUAAAUUCCACAAUACUUUAGUUUUUUUUUUAUCUUAACACAUUACGACACCGUACGUAAUAAACAUGUAUAUAUAUACAUAUGUAAACUGUAUAUAUUUACGCCGCACAUUAGAUAGUGACUUGUUACAAGUAAUAUUACUAGUAAUAUGAAUAAACCAAAAGACUCUCUCGUAAUGCUAUAAUGUUUAGUAUUAAGGAGUGCAGUCGUUCAGUUACUUACUAUGACAUUGUCAAAUUCCUCAAAACGCUUUACUAGACAUCGUAAUUAUUACUGAUUUGAUAAUUUUAAUUAUACUCAAAGAUAAUAAAAUAAUAAAUUUUAUGAUAAUCGAAUAUGCUCUUUCAAUUAUGUUAAUAAUUUUUCGUGUUAUUAUAAUUUUCAGAUCAAAUAAAAAAUUUUGUAUCUAGUCGUAAAUUUAUAAAGACUAGAAAAUUCCUGAUAUCGUAAAUAUAUAAAUUUGAAAUUUUUAUUUCAUGACUCGAAUUGUGAACUUUCUAAAUUUUUGAAUAUUUAAAAUCAUAGAAUUGUUAUUAUAUCUACAGUUUAAGUUUUCUAGUGUAAUUUAGAAAAGAAAUUUCAAAUUCUGUAAUACAAAAUUUAUUCUUUAGAAUUUUUUUUAGCAUUGUACACGAUCUCUAAUUUUCCUUUUAUAAUUGGAAUGAUUGGAAACGCAUACGUGGAUGAAUAAAAAUAUGACUUUUUCGACAUCACAACGAUCGUGAUCUGCGUUAAUUAGGUAGCAAUAUAAAUGAGCAUCGUGAUAGAUCUCGUUUGAACAAUAGUUAGCCUUCAAGGUAAAUUAAACGAGGUUUCGUCGUUGUGCUUUAUGUAUUCUAUGUAUUCGCCGUCAGAAAUGACAAAGAACAGCGUUGUACAUGGCAUUAUUUAGUACUAAAUAAAAUCAAAAUUAUUUACCGAUA